UGUGAUUCAAAUCCCCAAUCUGAAACGCUGCUGCUUCGAUUUUCCCCACCUGUCCUUGCUCAAUUCACUGAAAUGAAGCUUACCGUCAAAACGCUCAAAGGCAGCCACUUUGAAAUUAGGGUUCAGCUCAACGACACCGUUAUGGCUGUGAAAAAAAAGAUAGAAGAUAUACAAGGGAAAGACAAUUAUCCAUGUGGGCAACAGCUCUUGAUUCACAAUGGGAAGGUUUUGAAAGAUGAAACUACAUUAGCUGAUAACAAAGUCUCCGAGGAUGGUUUUCUGGUUGUAAUGCUUAGCAAGAGCAAGUCUUUGGAUUCAGCUGGGGCCUCAUCUACUCAGCCUGCUUCAUCAAAUCCAUCUACAACUGCACCUGUUUGUAAUCCUACCCCCGCCCCAGAAGCUCCUGCACAAGCACUGGCCUCAAAGAGCACGACAUCUGCUUCAGAUACUGCAACAGCUAAUCCAAAUACCGAUACCUAUAGUCAAGCUGCUUCCAAUUUAGUUGCUGGAAAUAAUCUUGAACAGACCAUCCAACAAUUGAUGGACAUGGGCGGUGGCAAAUGGGACAAAGAAACAGUAACUCGGGCACUUCGAGCUGCUUAUAACAACCCAGAGCGAGCAGUGGAUUAUCUAUAUUCUGGGAUUCCUGAAUCAGCAGUAGUGGCUGUGCCAGAGGUUCAUUUUCCUACAAGUCAGACUACUCAAACUGGCGCAGCCCCUGUUGCUCCUGUUUCAGGGGCUCCUAAUUCAUCGCCUUUGAAUAUGUUUCCUCAGGAAAUACUUUCUGGUGUCGAUGCUGGUGGACUUGGAUCCCUGGAUUUCCUCAGAAACAAUCCACAGUUCCAAGCAUUGCGAUCAAUGGUGCAAUCAAAUCCACAAAUUCUACAGCCUAUGCUACAGGAGCUUGGAAAGCAAAAUCCCCAGCUUUUAAGACUAAUUCAAGAGCAUCACACAGAGUUUCUUCAGCUAAUAAAUGAACCUCUUGAAGGUUCUGAAGGGGGUAUUUUUGAUCAGGCUGAACAAGACAUGCCUCAUACAAUCAAUGUCACCCCAACAGAGCAGGAUGCUAUUGAACGACUUGAAGCAAUGGGAUUUGAUAGAGCUCUCGUCAUUGAAGCCUUUUUGGCUUGUGAUCGCAAUGAGGAAUUGGCAGCAAACUAUUUAUUGGAAAACGCUGGAGAUUUUGAGGAUUGAAGGAGGAAUAUUACCUUAUU